AUGCGCUCUCAUGAAAGGGUUAUCCCGCACCUCAAAAUCGGAGUGGAUCCUGGGCCAAUCCUGGAGGCCAAAAACAAACUGGUCAAGUUCUGGGAACAUGUAAACCCUGUGACUGUGACUGGCCAAUUUCUACUCGAGUUUCUCUCUCGCCUCAGACAACACGGCAACAAAUGUCUCCACCCACCUCAUGCCACGACUCGACUCUACCGAAGCAUCGCAGCUUGGUUCUUCGCGUCGGGAAAGCUCAAGCACUUCGGUCAGUAUUAUCAUUCGCGGGCCAGAACCACACCACAGGAGGCAGAUGAUCUCUUCGAUUUCUUCCAGGUUCUCGACCGCGAAUUUCCCUCUCUCGUCUCACCUUGUUCGUCGAGGAACUCUCCAAGGCAGACCUUAAUACGGGUGCCAGCUCCGAAGCCCACCGCUUCACUUGGAUUCCCCUCCUCAAUCACCUACUACCUACCUUUUGCCGCCGCCAAAAUGGCUUCUUCCAAACAGAAUCCAAGCCUGGAGCAUCGGCUCUGGCCGGCAAUCUACAAGACACGCAUCUCAGCUUAUGUAGCUGACUUCCUCGGUGAGCGACCUAGCCGGCGUUCUCUCAAACGAAAGGGUCUCAACCGCGUUUGUAAACUAUGCGCCCCGGUGAGAAGGUUUUUGGAGGGCGAGAAGAAACAGGUGUCUAGUGUGAGGGUCUUGAGCAAGGACAUGAGGGCGCAUUUGCAUAACAAGAUUGAUGAUGUGGCGCUUGGGGAGGACCUGCAGCAUGUUACGAAGAAGCCGGAGAGGUUGGUGGUGGUGACGAAGUCAUUUAAGCUGGGUGACGGACAUCUGAAGCGGUGGGUGGGGAAGGUGGAACAGGUCAGAGAGGUGAUGAGGGGGUUUGAUGCUCGGCUUCUUGAGGAGGUUGUUGGUGAUGUUGAUGUUUGGGGGGAGGUUAUUACGGGAGGGGGGAGGGAGGGGGCUACGGAGAGGGUGGCGAAAAGGAGGAGACUUUAUUGA